CUAAAAUCCAAAAGGGCUUUCAAUACAGUGACUCCUCACCCCCACCCCACUAAUAAUAAUUUUGCCUUCUCUUUAAAUCCCUGAAUUCAACUGAAACCUUUAGCUAGGGUUUUCACUUUCAUGGCGAUUUCUUGAUAAAUUCCGUCUUUAUCAAUCAAAUCAUAUCAAUUUAUACUGUAAUCGGAGUCGGAGGAUGAGAUAUAUCAUUUGAGAAAAUAUGUUAUGGUCUAGAUUACCUUCCGAAGAAAGUGAGGAUAGGAAUAAUCGGGAUAUAUUUGGAGUGUUUAGGGUGCUGGUUGUUGCCGCUAUGGGAUGUCUCUUUGGCUGUUUCCGUAUCAAUGAUGGUUCUCUUCCUCCUGAUUCCAAAUCUCAGCUCGUUUCCCAGUCUCUAGCUCCUAAGGAACCUGUGGUGUCUCGCAACAGGAGUCCAUUAUCUUCACUUUUCAAUUCUGAAGAAAAAGGCGAGGAUGAUUAUUUGCGUGAAGCUGGAAAGGCUGAUCAAGAUGCAGGAACACCCAAGUCUGAGCUGCACACGAAAGAACUCAGGGAUCAGGCCAAGUUCCUUAAAGCUUGUGGAACUUUACCAGAGACUCCUGCUGAAAUUCGAAAAGGCUUGGCUAAAUGCAAAGAUCUAUCAGCUUCAAAAGGAGAUGUUGAACCUUUAAAAUUCAAGUCUUGGCUCUCUGAUGUGGCUGUUGAAAAGUUCAACCUGGAUUUGCUACCUGAUCACCCUAUUACACCUAGUAAAAGCAAUGAACUGGAAAAACAAUCUGGUUCCUUAACUCAUACAUCUAGCAGUUGCAUGAUGGAUGGACAAAAUGGUCAAAGUUCGCCGAAGAACUCUAUUCAUGGUAGUGGAUCUGCUAACACUCCGACAUCCAUUGAGUUUAAUGCUAAUCAGGCUCAUAGAGACGCGGCUUCAGAGGUUUCACCAAUCUUUGCUCCCAGUGCGCAGUACAUGAAUAAAACUGUUCGCUUUGAUUGUGAGUCUGAUCUGUCUGCAGUCUCAUCCAAAAGUACUUCAUUUGCACUUGACAGUGAAAACUCAAAGCAGGCUGAGUUUUCUGGCAAUUACUCUGCAUUGAAGCAUUCGCCCUACCCUACCCCACUAAAACUAAGUGAUGAAAUGCAAACACCAGGAACUGUUUUUCCAACAUAUAUGGACAACAUUGCAAAUGGAAAAGCUGCUCGGAUCAGGUCUCAGUAUGUUUAUCCAGUUUUAAACCCUGUGGAUAGAGCAUCGCAGUUGAAGGAUUUGUCUGAUGAAGAUUCCUACUCCCAAUUCAACACGUUAAUAAAUCUACCGGAAAAAAUGUCACAUGGAGACACUAUACCUCUUCACUCUUCAUCCCAAUCCGACAUUGAUGAAAUUGAAAACCUCAUCUAUUCCAAUCCUUCUACUGUCCUUCCAGCACGCCCUCCUUCUCCUCCUCGUGCUGCCAUACCUGUUUCAUCUUCUCCCUUCAUGCCUUCUAAUCUUCGCCCACCACCUCCCCCUACAUCUACCACAACCACCAAUUACAAACCGACACCUGUCCCUUCCAUUCCAUCUCCACCACCCCUACCUUCAUCGGGACAGUCGAAUAUAGCUGCUACCGGAUUCGGAUCCCCGCCCAAUACCCUUACCGAACCCGUUUGGGAUACCGUCAAAAGAGAUCUGUCCAGAAUUGUUAGUAAUUUGAAGCUGGUGGUUUUCCCUAAUCCUUAUAGAGAAGAUCCUGGCAAAGCGCUUCGUGAUUGGGAUCUAUGGGGACCUUUCUUUUUCAUUGUUUUCCUUGGUCUCACUUUGUCAUGGUCUGCUUCUGUUAAGAAGUACCCAAAGUCCCGAAGUCUUUCUGAGUGUGCCAAAUCACCCAACACAAUGUCUCCGCCCCCUUCUUCAUUUAGAACUCGAUUAUGGUCCAGUAACAUGACAGAAUCUGGUGAAAUGCCCAAUGAAGCAAGCUUUUCAUCAGAACUCGGAACUCCCGGAUUAAGAAAAGCUUCAGCUGAUAAUGAUUCAAAGGUAGAGGCCAGCUUGUCUUCGUGGCUGAAACCAUCUUCAAUCAAUCAAGACGAGGGUAAGCAGCACACUAGUUCUGGUUACGGUAACAAUGUUCACUAUGGCAGAACUCCUGGAGAUAGGCCUAUACUUGGAUUGGUUGCUGCUCACUGGAAAGAUGAUGAAGAUUCUCGUAUAUCUCCUAAAUGGUGGGAUGGAAAUGGGAUCCCCAAUUCAACUAACAAGUAUAAAGAGGAUCAGAAAGUAAGCUGGCAUGCAACGCCAUUUGAAGAGAGACUGGAGAAGGCAUUAUCAGAAGAAUCUUCCAUUCCACAAAGGAAGCAAUACAGUGGGACAAGACCAUUUGCCUUUAACGACAUGGAUGAAACUGAUACUGCCAUCUCUCAAGUGCACUAAUAAUGUCAGCUAAAGCUCAUUUUCCAUCCAUCAAUUAGCACAGAUUCAAAGUUUAUCCGGGAAUUUUGUUUCGUCUUUAGCUGAGAUGCUGCUCAAUCUCAGGUGUAAGCCAGACGUUCAAUCUCGGAUGAUGGUUCGAGAUAUAUCAAGGAUUUCUGAGUGUAAUAUAGUUGUAGUUUUGAUCAUAUAAACUGAACAAGGUGGCAGUUUAAAAAUGAAAAAUGAUUAAGGAUAUUGGUGCAUUAUGAUUGAGCAUCUGUUUAGCAAUGCAUCAAGUAUAAACAAAUUUGCUCCACUAUUAAUGUGAUUGCAAUUUUUGAAUUGUUUGGAAUUUGAAUCAUGCAUCCUUUUAA